CCAGCCCCAGGGACAGAGAGCAGCAGAGACACCCAAACCCAACUCGCCCUCCGAUCUCCUCGUUCGUCCCCGGCCUCCCAAAUCCUCCCCUCAAACUUGCUCUAACCCCGCCCAAAACCCUAGCAUAAACUUCUUUUUGUUUGUUUGAUUUGAUUUCAAAAAUCAAAGCAUAAACUGGGGAGGAUGGUAAAGAAGACCUCCGCCGCCCCCGCCGACGCCGAGGCCGACGAGCGCCGCCGCCUCCGCACGCUCGCCUUCUCCAACGGCCUCCUCCAGCGCGGCGACCCGCCGGCGCCACGGGCGCCGCUCGCGCCGUCGGCUGCCGUCGCGCGCCUCCAGGGCCGCGACAUCGUGCGCCGCGGCGGCCAGCGGAAGAGCCGCUUCCUCUUCUCUUUCCCUGGCCUCCUCGCGCCUGCCGCCUCGGGCGACCGCGUCGGCGAGCUCGCCGACCUCGGGACCAAGAACCCCGUGCUCUACCUAGAGUUCCCCCAGGGAAGGAUGAAGCUCUUCGGGACGCACGUUUACCCCAAGAACAAGUACCUCACGCUGCAGAUGACAAGAUCGGCCAAGGGCGUAGUCUGUGAGGACGUCUUCGAGAGCCUUAUUGUAUUUUCUGAAGCCUGGUGGGUUGGGACAAAAGACGAUAACCCAGAAGAACUGAAACUUGAGUUUCCGAAAGAAUUCCAAAAUGAUGGCGUAGCGGCAGAUUGUGAUUUCAGAGGUGGAGCAGGUGCUGCCAUUGAUGAAGCCACUGCAAGUAAAGCUGGAAAGGAAAUCGCAGAACCCCGUUCCCCUAAUUUUGAAUCUGAUGGCGACGCUUCUGACGAUUCAGAUCAAAGGGAUGGGAAUGGCACACAAUCUACAAGUGGAGCACCUUCAGUUAGACAGUCUUCUAGAAAUGCAGGGAAAGCCUUGAAAAAGUACACAGAUUUAUCUUCUGGUGAUGAUUCAUCUAACAGUGACAACGAAGCUGAGGUACCUGAGGACUUGGAUGAGAAGGAGAUGGAGAGUCUAUCUGUUAAGAACGAAUGCCAAAGCGAAGACAUCAAACCUGCAGAUUCUUCAGCAUUGCCUAUCUCCAGCAAGAAAGAGCCUCUUGUUCAGGCUACUCUGUCUAGUAUGUUUAAAAAAGCCGAAGAGAAAAAGCAAAUUGGGUUCCUAUUUCAGAGGUCCACAAGAAGUCCUAAAGGAUCCCCUGCAACAAAAGGUCCUGCUGCUAAGAAGCAGCGAGCAAGUCCAAUGGCAAAACAGCCAGCAGGGAUUAAGAAAGCCAGCGGAACUCGGAGAAAGCAAACGCCAAAGGUGGUAGAUGAUGGAAUCGAAGAGCUUUCAAGUUCUUCCCAGAAUAAUGAUGUGGGUGACGAUAGUGACGAGGACUGGGCCGAGUGACGCUCUUGUAUGUGGACCGCAUAUUCACAUGCAUGGGUUGGUUCGUAAUCGGCGAAGAAUGCAGAAUGUAUGCAUGGUGGAAAGGAGGGAUGUGAUUGGGAGGCACACAACGCCGUAUCUGCAUCCAUUGACCUUCUCUGACGAGUGACGACUGAUAUACAAUGUUGAUACUGUGCUGUUCCGUUUGUAAUUUGGGUGACAUAAGUUUGAGUUUAUGAAAUCGAGUAUAUAAUUAGUCAGAAGUGGGCUGCGUUGUUUCUUACUCUUGUUUGUAACGGGAACACGGCCACCAUAGGGAAUUGGUGUAAGAGAAGAGGUAUUGGUACUGAUGCUCAAUGCAGAUUGCCGCUCAAGCUGGAAAUUUCCUUUUUUCAGUUGAUGCUUUGAGGUCUCGGGUGAUGAAUGAGCAUCCACUGUAUUGAUUGAUAUCUGAAUUGUGGUUAGAUUCCA